AUGGAGGGAGUCGAUCUUACAAAGGCGAUGCUCAACAAGGGCAAACAAAUGGCGAACGUCGCGGCAACAGCUGCCAAUGGCAAUGGUGGCAAGAAAAGGAGAAAGGGUACCGACUUGAAGCCGAUUCUCACAAAUGAAGGAACUCCAACGGAAUCAACUGGUGCUGCUCCCCAACUAUCGACGUCGCGAUCCUCAUCCUCAUCAUCCGGCGAAGAACUUGAAGCCACUGCGGAAGAAGAGGACUCUGAAGAUUACUGCAAGGGUGGAUAUCAUCCGGUCGCGGUCGGCGAAAAAUACAACAACGAUCGCUAUGUCAUCGUGCGCAAGCUGGGUUGGGGUCACUUCUCGACAGUCUGGUUAUCGCGCGAUACCACGACCGGUAAACACGUUGCGCUGAAGGUGGUCCGAUCGGCCGCCCACUAUACGGAAACUGCAAUCGACGAAAUCAAACUGCUCAGCAAAAUCGUCCAAGCCAAACCCUCCCACCCGGGUCGAAAGCACGUCGUCAGUUUAUUGGAUUCAUUCGAGCAUAAGGGACCCAAUGGUGUCCAUGUCUGCAUGGUGUUUGAAGUCCUGGGUGAGAACCUUCUGGGUCUGAUCAAGCGCUGGAACCACCGGGGUAUUCCCAUGCCGCUAGUCAAGCAAAUUACAAAGCAAGUAUUGCUAGGCUUGGAUUAUCUGCAUCGCGAGUGCGGGAUUAUCCACACCGAUCUGAAGCCCGAGAAUGUGUUGAUCGAGAUCGGUGACGUGGAGCAGAUUGUCAAGGCGCAUGUGCAGGAAGAGGCCAAGAAAGAGGCUAAAGAGGAUAACCGGAAUGGGAGAAGACGUCGGCGCACGUUGAUCACAGGCAGCCAGCCACUCCCCAGUCCGCUCAAUGCCACCUUCAGCUUCGACAGCAAACACACUUCUCCUAACUCACACAGUAGUCUCAACCAGAUGGUCAAUGAAUCUUCAGCAAGUACUGAAGCUCCCUCUAUGAAAGAUUUGCUCGGCGUGAAAGAGGAAGAUGAGAAGCAGAAUCAACGAGAGAGGACAGCCGAUCUUCUCGAGCGAGAGGUAUCUGGAAUUUCUCUCGACAAAGGCUCUACCAAGUCUGUCGAAGAAGAAAUCGACGCCAACAUCAUCUCCGUCAAGAUUGCGGAUUUGGGCAAUGCCUGCUGGGUUGGCCACCACUUCACAAACGAUAUCCAAACGCGUCAAUACCGCUCACCAGAAGUCAUUCUGGGGUCAAAGUGGGGAGCCAGCACGGACGUAUGGAGCAUGGCCUGCAUGGUCUUCGAGCUCAUCACAGGCGACUACCUCUUCGACCCGCAAUCAGGAACAAAGUACGGCAAAGACGACGAUCAUAUCGCCCAGAUAAUCGAGCUCCUAGGACCAUUCCCCAAAACCGUCAGUUUGAACGGCAAAUGGUCGAAUGAGAUCUUCAACCGCAAAGGCGAGCUCCGCAACAUCCACCGCCUACGCCACUGGGCUCUCCCAGACGUUCUACGAGAAAAAUACCACUAUUCAAUGGAAGAAGCGUUGCGCAUCGCCGAACUUCUCCUCCCGAUGCUAGACCUGUCACCCGAGAAACGCGCGAACGCAGGCGGCAUGGCCGCGCACGAGUGGAUGAAGGAUACACCUGGAAUGGAGGGUAUUGAUCUGGGGAUUAAGCCUGGCACGCGCGGCGAGGGCAUCGAGGGCUGGUCGACUGAGGUCAAGAAGCGAUGA